UGACAAAAUGUGUUUUGUGUUGUUUUCUGUGAAAUGGAAAUGUCAAAUUUUAAAAAAAAGUUUGUAGGAUUUCUUUAGAUUUCGGAUAUUUAUUUUCGUUUUAAUUGUUAGAUUAAUUGAAAACGAACAGUUAAAUUCGAUUCAAUGCAGCCCCGACAUUGAAGUAACGCGUCAAUUGACAUGGCAUUCCAUUAUUCCGAGCUCUCUAUGCCAACGGAACACGUCCUAUUGCCUGAAUUCCCUCAACCGUUUAUGGUAAAAAAAGAAGCAGAUUAUGAGCUGAGAGCUGGUGUGUUAGUGGAUGGCGGGAACCGAUUUGGUGUUUCAUCUGUGAUAUUUGAUAAGUAUGAAGAGUUGAUAUGGAUGGGGAACCAAGGGGGCCAUGUCACAUCCUACUAUGGGCCCCAAUUGCAAAGAUAUACAUCAUUCCAAAUACAUGUGUGUGAGGAAGUGAGAGACAUUUUAACAUUAGAAGAAGGCAUAUAUUGUCUUACUAAAACGUCAUUGAGACACCAAAUACGCAGGGGACUGCCGAGGCAUACGCACAAGUCACCUAACAUGCAGGAUAUGCAAUGUUUGUUCCAAGUUGACACACACAAGGUACUGAUGGGUGGCCAUCAAGACAAACUCCUGGAGCUUGAUCUCAAUAAAUGGGUGGAAGGUGUUAUUAAUGUUCCAGAAGAGGGUUGUGCGGUACUACGUAGCGGUGGCGGGUCGGUGGUCGCGUGCGGCAGCGCUAACGGCAUGAUAACGCUGAGGGAUAUCAGAUGCUUGAGCAGUGUGGAGCAGUCCUUCAGGGCACACACCGCUUGCCUGUCUGACUUGGACAUGCAGGGAGAUAUGCUGAUCACUUGCGGAUUUACUCAAUCUUCGUCAUCUCCUGUCGCCGAGCCGUACGUAGUGGUGUGGGACGUGCGCUGUCUGCGCGGCUCCUCGCUGCGGCAGAUACCCACCAUGUCACCGCCGCAACUGCUGCACUUUGUGCCCGCCGUGUCGGGACGCGCGGUCGCUAUGGCCAGCGAUGGGCAUGUCACGGUGUUGGACGUCAACGAUUCGCUUAAACCAGAGUCACAAUCUGUGUUUCAGGUAGAAACUCACAGUUCCCAAUGCAGUGUGAUGGACGUCUCAUCGACGAGUCAGGCUCUCGCGUUUGGUGACCUCGGCGGGCACAUCCAUAUGUUCUCAGCUAAACACAACCACGAGCCUAUGUAUAAUAGCUUCUCUAGACCUACAGAGUUCGGUGAUCCGCUGCCAUCACUGCCCAGAGUGAGUUUCAAGGACGAAACCUUUAGUUUCUCGUCCAUCCCUCGGCCGCCGCUCACGACUGGCACCAAAUGGCUCAGUGACAUGCCUCCAGAGUUCUAUCACAAGACUUACAGGAAACUGAAACCCGUUGACCCUGAAAUCCUGAGAACAAUGAAAAUGCAGGGCCCUAUUGGAUACGCACCCAACCCUAAAACUGUUAGAAGAAAUCAGAUGCCGUAUAUUGAAGAAACCCUGCAGGAUGUGAUCGUAAAGCCUAAGGAAACCCGAACGGUUGUUGCAGAACCAAUACCCAAACAUUAUCUUAAGAUGGAUUUACGUUUCAAGAAACCAAGAUCGAACGACAGUAACGACUCGCUAAACAAGGUUGGAUUCCCUGGACUAGAAUUCACUUUGCCAAAUUCCUACUGCAAUUCUAUGUUACAGGUACUUUAUCACAUUCCGGCUGUGAAAGCAACUUUGUUGGCCCACACGUGUGCGAAGGAGUUUUGUCUGAGCUGCGAACUUGGAUUCCUGUUCCGAAUGCUGGACACUUCAGGCGGGGCUCCGUGCCAGGCCGACAACUUCCUACGUGCCUUCCGCACCGUGCCUGAAGCGGCUGCUCUGGGUCUCAUCCUGCCGGAUGGGGUCAUUGACCACAGGGCGGAUCUAAUCAGUCUUAUACAGAGCUGGAAUCGCUUCAUGCUGCAGCAAAUACAUUCCGAAAUACUAGAGGCUCGAAAAAAGGAGAAAGAGUUGACUUUACUGGCUCACACCAAAAGCCCACCGAAGCAAAUAAACAAGCAAGUCAAUGGAUACCAAUACCACUACACUGAGUUGAAGUACAUGGGACCGCCAGUAUGUGAAGACGAUGCGCAGGACCUCUUCGAAGGACCAAUGGUCAAUAAUCAUGAUGGUUCCAUAGUAAGCAAUCACGUGCAACCAGAGAAAAAUGGACUGAAAAACCAUAUAUCCAAGUCAGAUGAUGAGGAAUCUGAGAUAUCCAAGUUGUUCGCUAUAGGACGCCAUCAGGUGAACCGUUGCACUAAAUGCAAUAAGGAGGAAGAACGCGAAUCAGUAGUAAUGGCGUGCGCGCUACAGUACGUAGUGAGCACGGAGGGUGGGAAGGGGGGUUUCUUAGAGUUAGUCCGCGCAUCGCUCGCGGCUCGACGAUCUACCCCCGCAUGGUGCGAGCACUGCGCUCGGUUUACCCCCACCGUUCAGAGGGGGAGGAUACUCAGAUUGCCACCUAUUCUGGCAAUAAAUUGCGGUGGUGCCACUCCCCACGAGAAGGCCUAUUGGACUAAAGGUGUCCAAAAAGACACGCCUGAAACGACGAAAAGAGGCAGCAGCAGUAAACCUUGUCGGUACGGAUUGCAUUGUGCCAGACCGGGGUGUAGAUUCAAGCAUCCAGAACGGCCGUCUUCGGCGCCUCAGAUGAAUUCGCUAAACAUUUCGUCACAAGAAAGUAAUUGCGUUUUAUCUCAUCAAAUGAACAUCCGUUUGCUGUCUGACGGAGAGGUUAUUAUCGAUGAUAAGACUGAUAGUUCACCAAUGGAGCCUAGAUUCGACUUCAGUUUACCGAGGAAGAAACCACCCAACAUUCAACACGAGGAGGAAUACUCCCUGUCCUCCGUGGUGUUGUGUGUGGAGGACAACCCGAGGAACCUGGUGGCGUACGUGAGGAUACCUGACGAGGAAGACGACUGCCGGUGGUACCUGUUCAACGAUUUAAGCAUCGUGCCGGUGAGCGCCGACGAGGUGGUGCAGUUCAGCAGCUGGUGGAAGAGUCCGUGCGUGCUGUUCUACAUGAACGCGCAGCUGACGGCGGGCGACUCAUAGCCGACGUGCCCGUAUGGGCCUUGCCAAUUAUGUGAGGGCCCAUACGUUCCAAACGGUACCUACUACAGAUUGCCGGCCGAAGAACCUUACAGUUUGCGAUGAGUAUGAUAAGUCUGAGAGAGAUAAACUAAAGUACGAAUGAUGUUAUGAAUUUUCUGCGACAUAGUUUUAAGUAAGUCCUUAUUUUAUAUACGUAGCAAAGUGGAGUUGUGAUCGAAGUGAGCCUUAUUGGUGUGAAACCUUUUUUAUAAACCGUAAAGUCAAAACUGUUAGUCAUUAUUUUUUUUUAUUUACGCGUUCUAAGGUUUAAUAUAGUUUUUUAUUUAUACUCAUUUUCAUUUGAACUGAAUAGGGAGAUGCAAGUGAUUUUAAUUUAGGCCAGAUAUUCCUUUUUCUCACAACAAUAUUUUUUUACCAAGAUAAAAUUAUAAAUUUACGUUCGCUAUUGGUGGUUCGAAAAGUGACGUAAUUUUCCACAAUACCAAGUUCAGACAACGAAUAGAAAAGUGUCUUUUGACAUUUGUGACGUCACAGUCCACGUUAAACGCCAGAUAUAUUGAAAUCACAGAUAGAAACUUCCAUCUUGUUUAGAUAUGUAUUGAUUAUUUAAUAACGACAUAUUUUUCCCGAAAGUCUCAUAAAAACCAUUAUAGCUUGAUACCUAAUUAGCCAGCUAAUUGGGCGAAUGUUCAAACACAUAGCACUAGUUUAAAUCGCACAUAAUUUCUCGAACUACCCCCACUUUGCUAUAACACACCUUCUGAAGCGAAACGGUCGAGCAAAUUAAUUCCAUCGCGUUUUUUAAUAAUAAUAAUAAUAAUUUCCAGCGUUGCCCGUUGGCUUGGUAUAUAUUUUUAUACAAACAAAUAAAGACUUUUUUGUAAUACAUAUAGAACAAUGAUCUUUUAUACGAAGCUAUGUGCUAUAUUAUUACGCCAUUUUAUACCCACAACCAAGCGGACGGCAUUCGCCAAGAACUACUAAAAGAAUAAUAUUUUUUAUUAUAUUGUCGCUGUUACCACGUGGGUGCGUAUAAACCACAGUUCAGUAAUCACACAGUUGGGCAAUGUUCAAUAAAAUUAUUUGCGGGAAAUCUCAAGCGUGUACGCUGGUUCAUAAUAAUAUAUUGACUUGAAAGUUAUAAGCUCUUUGUAAAAUAAAUUACGUUGAAUAUUCAAGAUAUUAUCAUGGGAAUAAAUCUAUGAACAGUUUCUUAAGGUCAUUGAGUAAAGAGUAAUCACGCCCAUUGGUUUCUUGAUAGAGGCUGUGGCCACUGUAAGCAUACGGAUAUGAUUAAUUCAUAAUAAUGAGUAUGUUAUAGAUUUAAAUCUAUUUUGGUGGUGUGCGAGGUUAAAUCUCGAAAGUUGUCUCGCAUAUCGCGCGUUUAUGAUAUUAAAACUGAAUGAAACCAAUUUAUGCAUAAUAUUUAAUUAUAGUUAAUAAAUAUAUUAUUUCUACAGAGCGUUUGUGUGUGUAGCGGCCAGUUCACAGCCGUUGUUUAGGCGGAUUAACUACCUUACUGUACGAUUGUUUGACUGUGAUAUCAACCGUCUUGCUUCAGUUCGGCAAAUAUGUUCCAUUAAUAUAAGGCACAAAAGCGGAGACAUAUUUUUAAAUUAAAUUAUUGAGUAUAGACAAGCUAGUUUUGCAUAGUUUUUGUUGAUUGAUGAAGGAUCAUGAAAGUAUUAUAUAUAUUAUGUAUAUGCCACGCGUUUUUGUAAGUCGAGUACUUAAAUUACGUUUUGCUGUUUCAAACAGACUAUUUAUUAAAUCGUGUUCUGAACAAAAUAUAUUUAAAGGUUCUCAAGUUAUGUAUCACAGCCUAAUUAAGCAGCCAACUUACUCAUAAACUCAUUCUUGAUAAGCGCAAAACAUGAGGAAUUUUCUCUACUGUGCUUAGUUUCCCUGUAUAUAUGUAUUAUCGUGUAUGUAAAUACUUUGUUAGUAGUGGCUAUGACUACAGUCUCAACGGGCGAGGAUCGAAUCUAUGACCCCUUGUUGUUGAGUCUAGUUGAACCGUAUAAAUCUGCCAAGUUAAUCAGUUUUUAUACUACAUUCUACAGAGUUAGAAGGGUAGUAAAAAUACUUACUUGACCUCCUUAUGCUGAUCUACUGCCAUCACUGAUCAUCCUCAAUUAAUUAAAAAAGACAUUACCAUUAUUAGCUAUUUUUAAUUUAAUUAUUUUAUGAGUAAUAAUAGACCACGUUUUUUAGGCUGUGUUACAUUUCUGUUGUUCUUCGGUUGUGAUAAUUCGGAUUUGGAAGAUACACGCUACGAUCCGCUGAUUGAAAACUAAUAGGACGGUCUUGGUCUAAGAGCCGGCGUUAGAAAUAUAUAACCCCAUCUGUUAUUCAUUAGUGCUAUGAAAUAAAUGAUAGAUAAUGUUCACAGUGACACAUUGCCAAUAGAUUGCCUAUUUAAAUUGCGGCCAAACACAUUUUUCAUUCACAAUCUUGGAAAUCUUGACUUUGAUCAAUGAUUGAUUGAAUUAAUACAGUUAAAUAAAGCAUAAAAUAAACUUUCAUUUGUCACAUUAGACGACUAAAUAACUGAUGAUGAUAUAUAAUUAACACUACUAAACUGUUUAUAUCUGGUAACCCCACAGCUGCAGUAUGACAGCAGGAUGUAUUUUUUCAAUUCUUUUGAUUUUUUUAUUUUUUGAUUUUUUCUUAAAUUAACCAAUGAGGGAAGAAGAUUAAAUAAAAUAAAAAAAUCAUUUAAUACUAUUCGGCCGCAAUUUAACUAGGGCGACCUAUGUGAAAUGUAAAUAUUGUCUUAUCAUUUAUUUCUUAUCCCAAUUAAAUAACAGAUGAGGUUAUAUAUUUGUUAUGACGGAUCUCGUCUUAUCUGUCCUGUAGCGCUACACGAUGUAUUUUGUAACUCGACCGUUUUCCGAUUCGUCUCUAUCUCUCUCUGUCUAACACUAUAUAGUUAAAAAGAGAUAGAGUCAAAUUUGUAACAUACGCUAUCGAGUUAUAGCCACAGCCAUAAAAAAUGGUGUUACUGGUCAUGUUUGUAUUCUGUGUACAAGUGCGGGAUAGUUUUGUAUGAAUUAACUUAUAAUCCAUACAAAACUAUAUGCAAUUUUUAGUCGUAGCGUGGAUCCUCCAUUUUGUUUACCAAUCUAUGCGCUGUCAACAAUUUUAAUUUAUUUAUUCCAAUGUUUUCUAUGGUGGCUGGUUAAUAUAAAAAAUAAAAAGUCUUAAAUUAAAUU